AAUGUUUUCUUUCUGACUUCGCCAGCUCACGUCCGGGUUGGCCGUACAAGUUCUCCCCUUCUGUGCCGUGCAGAAGGGGGCAGAGAAGAGCCAGCAAGCGAGCGGCGGCAGAGGAGGAAGAGGAAGAGGGGAAGUAGGAAACUCUGUGAGCCGCGGGGAAGAUGGCGGAGCAGCUGACGGAGGAGCAGAUAGCGGAGUUCAAGGAGGCAUUCAGCCUCUUCGACAAAGACGGCGACGGCUGUAUCACCACAAAAGAGUUGGGGACUGUUAUGAGAUCUCUAGGACAAAAUCCAACUGAGGCUGAGCUUGUGGAUAUGAUUAACGAAGUUGAUGCAGAUCAAAACGGCACCAUCGAUUUUCCAGAGUUUCUAAACUUGAUGGCUCGAAAGAUGAAAGAUACUGAUUCUGAAGAGGAGCUGAAGGAGGCCUUCAAGGUCUUCGAUAAGGACCAAAAUGGUUUCAUUUCUGCAGCAGAGCUGCGCCAUGUGAUGACUAAUCUUGGGGAGAAACUGACUGAUGAAGAAGUUGAUGAGAUGAUUAGAGAAGCUGAUAUCGAUGGAGAUGGCCAGGUCAAUUACGAGGAGUUUGUGAGGAUGAUGCUGGCGAAGUGAUGUUGGGAUGAGAAGAUUCACACCACAUGGAUCUCUCGGUUUGUCUUAGAAUGUCCCGCUUUGAAUGUCCCGCUUUUGUUUGCACCCCUCAGUUUUUCUACUUACCGGAUUAGUGUGGUUUUGUUUUAGCCUUAUCUGAUAUAUGAAUUUAGACUUUGCAUGUGCAAUCUAUCAAAUCAUUUUUGAA